GAAUGGUGUAGGUAUUCGUCCAAAUUUUUAAGAAUUCGACAAAGUCGAAAAAUGUUCCAGCGUACCCCUCACGGUGCGUGAGAAUCGUACCUUCCGUUGACAUGAAUUCAAUCCAUCGAGGCGUAGGUAACCUUGGAAGUAGUAGCUCGCGGGUUUUUCUUCUUUAGUACUAGCUCUUCCGCUGUUAGCGCCGGACCACCAACGGCCCAACCCGGACAACAUCUCCCAAAAGGACUCCGAAUGCUUAAACCCGACUUCCAAGUGUCGAAAUGCGUGCAAUGCUACUUCAUCAUAGUAACAUCUAUAGCCAUGUCCGAAUCAGUGCAUCAGGAUAUCAAUCCAUGGCCGAGUGGACAUAAUAUACACUUAAAUCCUUUCUCCUAAAUCCAUGACUUGAAGUCUCUUCAUGGUCACUGUCUUGAGUAUAUUUAACUUCGUCUAUCCUUAGGCUAAGACCUACUCAAACCAUUACCAACAUCAGUAUCACACUAAAACAGCAAACAAUCAUCAAACUAUCUUCAGCAUUCUAAACGACAUAUAGUCCCAAUAGAAAAUUAUAAAAUCCCUUUUUAACCACACCAUCAGUCAAGAUGCGAGCCCACGACCACGCCCUCGUCGGAACCGCCAAGGAAAUCCCUAUUAACACCGCAACCGCGGUAUACACAUUUAGCCCCGUUGUCCUACCCAUUGCCGACCGUGUCAAGGAACUCGAGGUGAAAGUCAACUUCCCUGUAACCGGCGAAGACCUCCCCAUCGUCAUCCUAUCCCACGGCCAGGGCCGCAGCAACCACCUCAACUCCCUCGAGGGCUACACGCCCCUCGCCGAGUUCUGGGCCGCGCACGGGUUCGUAGUCCUCCAGCCCUCGCACCUAUCCGGCACCUACUACAGCCUCCCAUCGACCAAAGGCCAGGAGCUGCACUGGCAAGACCGCUCCAGGGACAUCAUCCGCGUGCUCGACGGGCUCGACGGCAUCGAGGCCGCCGUCCCGGCGCUCAAGGGGCGUCUGAACAAGGCGCAGAUCGCCGUCGCGGGACACUCGCUCGGCGCGUGGACCGCGGCCAUAGCCCUCGGCGCGAAGAACGUGUCUCCGGCCGACGGCUCGGUGACCAAUCUAGCCGAUGCGCGCAUCAAGGCCGGUGUCAUCCUGACCGGUACUGGCAAAGCCGGGGACGACCUCUCGGAGAUGGGACACCGCAUGGUGCCGUUCUACGGCCCCGAUUUCAGCGAGAUGAAGACGCCGGUGCUCGUCGUCUGCGGCGACGAGGACGUGAGCCCCCACCUGACGUGGCGCGGCGCGGACUGGCACGCCGACCCGUACCACCUGUCGCCUGGUCCCAAGGACCUGCUCUGGAUCAAGGGGGCGAAGCACGGUCUUGGGGGGAUUAGCGGUUGGGAUACGCAGGAGACGCAGGAUGAGAGCCCCCAACGGUUGGCUGCUGUGCAGAGGCUGACGACGGCGUACUUGAGGAGCGCGCUUUAUGCGGGCGAUAAGUCGUGGGAGGAGGCUACUAAGGCGCUGGCACAGCAUGCGGAGCUCGGCUCGGUCGAGAGCAAGAAAUGAAUGGUUGGUGAUUUAGGGGUUUGAUGGCAUGUACUCUCCUCUCAGCGCUAGCUUUGUAACAUUUUGAAUUAAACUUUUCUGUAUAAUGA